GGCUUGCUCCGUUCUCCUAGUAGGACCACCAUCUUCCACCUCCUCGCCAUCACCAUCUCAUCUAGAUCCUGUCUUCACUCGCGCAAAGCGUCGUCGUUUCUGCCGCUGGCCGAUAUUGAAACGCAGGACGGAAGAUGCCCAAGCGGCGCAGGAACGACAACGACGAAGUCCAACCCACUUUCAAGAGAUCACGCACCGGUCCUCGUCGCAGUUUGCUGGACAUUAGCGACGAGAUACUGAUCCGGGUGCUCUCCUUUCUGACUGUCCAGGAUUUGUUAAAACUUGAAUGUGUCUCGCGCCGGUUCCGCUCACUUGCCACCGACCACGAACUCUGGAAAGCGAAAUAUUACGAUGCUUGGAUCAGGGCUCGCGCCCGCCGUGCACCAGAAACAGGGAGAAAGGAUGACAUAAAACAACGGGCAAAGGCUGUAAAGUGGCUACAGCAUGGCUACAAGUUGCGUGACGCCCCGGUGGUCGACUGGAAGCGUCAAUUCAAAAUCCGGACCAACUGGGCUUCUGGCACCGCGAGGCUCUGCGAGGUCGAGGUCGCGCAGCCUCCCUCGCCACCGGUGAUUGCAAAAGUACACAGUGGCAUGAUAUUCACGGUUGAUCGGUCGGCUGGACUGCGAGUCUGGUCUGGGGAAAACACCUUGAAGGGUCAGAUCCAGUUAGGAGCUUCGGCAGAGGCUACGUGCAUGGCGGUAGAGACCUGCGCGGGCAAGCUUCACAUUCUCUUAGGUUUUGCGGACGGCUCCUUCACGAUGUAUCUGUACACAGAUGAUGGACGCUUUGAUCGUCAAGUCAGCCAGUACUCAAGUGACGGACCUCUCAUGGCAGUGGCACUUGCGAUGCCCUACAUCAUGACCGUUUCCAAGACGAAGUUUCUCGCACUGUACGACACGACGAUAAUAAGGUCCGCGGCAGACCCUCGUUGUCCUGUUGCGCCCAUUGCUCGACUCCAAUCUGAUGCCUCCUUCUCUCCGGUUUCUCUCUCACUUCGGAGAACCCCAGGCAACGUGACAGCAACCGUCGCGUAUGCCUUCAACCGACUCCAGUCUGGCUGGUGCCUGGCCCUACAGGAAAUAAAGUUAACUCCCGAUGGGACUCUGCUGGGCAGCAGGUUGGCCUCUUCAAUCGACACUCCCUUUGAGGCGAGAUACCAGGGCAGGGACAAAUGGGGGCUAUCCACGCGGUCUGCCAGCUCAUUGCCCUUUGCUCUCCAUCCUCAGCUCAUGAGUGCACCCACCUCACUUUCCUAUGAGCAUCCCUUUCUCGUGGGCACGCUUGCAGAUAACACCAUCAUGUCGUUUUUGGUGACGUCCAAUGAAGAGAAGCUGGAGAUCAGCGCCGGCCGACGCCUCUGGGGCCACACAUCUGCGGUGUCGGGGGCGGAAGUCAACAAUCGAGGCAAGGCGGUGUCCAUCAGCUGCCGAGGAGACGAGAUGCGAGUGUGGGAGCUGGAGGCCGUCAUGACAACCAACAGUCCACCCCGGACCAGCACAGAAAUCAAGGCCGUCCACCGGCUCUCCAGUGCAGCCGCUGCUCUGGCACGGCGUGGCUCAGGGCUGCGCAUGGCGGUUCAGGACAUGAAAAAGGAGCUCGACCUGACACGGCGCUGGGUAGGCUUUGAUGAUGAACAAGUAGUGGUGCUGGGUGAACGAGACCAGAAGCAAGUGAUGGCACUGUACGACUUUACGUAGAAAUAUAGAACUCGCCAGGCGCGAGAGCAAAGACAUGAGAACUAAUCAAUCCAAGGGCACCGUCUGUAUUGUGCAUAGAGACUUGCCAGUGCUCGAAUCAUGGACAGCUGCUUGCUGGUAAAAGUUCAAUCAAGGCCAGCCUGACGAGCCGGAACCUGUAGUACUAUCAUCGUCGAAGGGGCUGUUUUAU